UACUUGUGCUUCUUAAAUAUACUACAACCCAGCAAGAUGAGUGCUGAGGAGGAACAAUAUGACGAAAGCUCAAUGGGUGCCCCAGGCGCGCCGACACCUGUCUCAGCGCUCGAAGGUAUCAACGGGCUUACUGCGCGCGAUAUCAAGCUCAUUGUAGAAGGCGGUUUCAAUACUGUAGAGUCAAUCGCGUACACACCACGGCGGGCAUUAGAACAGAUUAAAGGAAUCUCAGAGCAAAAAGCAUCAAAACUGUUAGCUGAGGCCUCGAAGCUCGUACCCAUGGGAUUUACGACCGCGACCGAAAUGCAUCAACGACGUAGCGAGCUCAUCUCCAUAACGACUGGUUCAAAGCAGCUGGAUACCCUUCUCGCAGGAGGCAUAGAAACCGGAUCGAUCACUGAAAUAUUCGGCGAAUUCAGAACAGGCAAAUCUCAGAUCUGUCACACUCUUGCAGUGACGUGUCAACUGCCUUUCGACAUGGGCGGUGGAGAAGGGAAAUGUCUGUACAUCGAUACUGAGGGCACCUUUCGACCUGUUCGUUGCUUGGCUGUGGCGAACCGCUUUGGACUAUCCGGAGAGGAGGUCCUUGAUAACGUGGCGUAUGCUCGUGCCUACAAUUCAGAUCAUCAACUGGAGCUUCUCAACCAAGCCGCUCAGAUGAUGACUGAAACUCGAUUCUCGCUGCUCAUUGUGGAUUCCGCCACAUCGCUUUACCGAACGGAUUUUUCUGGGCGCGGCGAACUGUCCAGCAGGCAGACACAUUUGGCCAAAUUCAUGCGUGUCCUUCAACGGCUCGCGGACGAAUUUGGUAUAGCUGUCAUUAUCACCAAUCAAGUAGUUGCUCAGGUUGACGGUGGGCCCAGCGCAAUGUUCAAUCCUGACCCCAAGAAGCCUAUCGGUGGCAACAUCAUCGCACAUGCUAGCACAACGCGCUUGAGCCUCAGGAAAGGGCGGGGAGAGACUCGCGUCUGCAAAAUCUACGAUAGUCCAUGCCUGCCUGAAAGUGACUGUCUCUUUGCAAUCAACGAAGACGGCAUAGGCGACCCAAAGGAGAAAGAUUUGGAGAACCAUUGA